AUAGAAUUGAAAGAAAAAUGCUGGUAAGGGUUGAAGCUCAGUGGACAUCUUGUCACAUCGUGGUGGACAUCGGACACGGAGUUUCAAACCAGACUAAAAAACCGUUUGAGGAUUGUAAUGACCCCAGCAAGCAUCUUGAUCAUUGAUCUACUAUUCAAGAUCCCGUCAUUCAUAAUGAUUCCAGUACAUUUUUCAUUCUUCCGUACAUGAGCAAAUCAGGAAAGAAGAGAUAGACAAUCAAAACUCCGAACGCCUCUUUCUCUUUCUUAGACGAGAUCUUACGAAUACGUCGUACCCUUCUAGCUAUCCAGUGAAACGGCUUAGUUGCUCGGAGCGGUAACAAGAAUGGAAGACUCUUCUGCGAAGGGUGGUACGACACCAAAGAUAUCGAAACAUGGAAAGGCUUGUGUCAAUUGUGCGAAGGCGAAGGUUAAAUGUGUGGAAAAGAACGGUGUUGGUGCUUGUGAAAGGUAUGUAAGAAUAACAUAAUCGCACCACGUGAUGCAUUUUCGGUUUCAUGGUGGUAGGAACACCAGAUGUUUUAGUGGGAUUUUUGUAUGUACAAACUUCGUCUUUAUUCCCAAGUGGCAAUGGUGAUGUUUGUUGGUCCUUAGGCAUUUGGAUGUUCUUUUGAUGGUUUUGGAACACAAACUCUUUCCAGCUAUCGAGCACGACAAAAUUGAGAUUCCCACACAGGUCAGAAAUUGAAUGAUGGUGGCCAUCGGCUGAUUAAAUAUCUCUUUCUUACGAUCUCACAUGAUUGGUUUGACUUAGAGUAAUACUGACCCUAACAGAUGCCACCGAUUGAACAAGGACUGUCAACCGAUCACCAGGAUAGAGAGGCGGAAGCCAGUGAAGAAAACCACAGCUGCGAAGACUGCAGAGCUCGAGAGGAAACUUGACGGGCUAGUUUCAUUGUUAACUGCAGCUACUCAAGGCCAAAGCACGCCUUCUUCAACAGAAUCGGAUUAUGCUGUCUCGCCGGCUCCCCAGGAUAUUGCUCAAGGUUUUGGCUAUCAGGCAGGAUCAGAUUUUGGCAACAUUCCUGUAAGGGGACUUGGAGCUAUCAACGUACACCCUUUGAGUUCUAUCCCUAUACAUUCAUGUCUACCGGGGCCAGCGAUUGGGCGACCGCAUCGUGACCCAAAUGGUGAUCAUUCUUCGACUCAAAUUCCCACGGAAUCAUCUCCAAUCUCUCUAACACCGCCUGAAUUAGAAUUAUCACCAACGGAAGAAGAAAAGAUACUUUGCCACUUCCGAACCGAAUCAAUAAAAUAUCUCCCGUUUAUCAUUAUACCGCCAAAUACAAAAGUCCAUGAGUUUAAGAAGGAAAAUCCAUUUUGGUGGUUGGCCAUUGUGAUGACUACAUCGAAAAACACCUCGACACAAAUCAAACUGGGAAUCCAUAUCCGCCAAGUUCUGAGUCACAGACUAAUUAUUAUGGGUGAGCGUAAUCUUGAUCUUCUAUGGGGAUUAUUGACUUUUAUCGCAUGGUAUGUAUGAACUCAAGGCUUUGGAGCAGGGUAUUCUAUAGUCCGAACUACAGUCCAACAACAAGAAGUUUUUCAUUGUUGAGUCAAACUGCGAUAUUCGAAUCAUUUCGGACAUUCAAAUCACUCCCAAUGUUGAAGUACUGCUCAAAAUAUUGGGAGCUGACUGUUGUUUCUGCCAGUCUGGGCUAUUGGGUGCACGGUUUUAUAGUAAAAUACUAACAUUGAUUAGGAGUCAGUGUCAUUACCACCAAAGACCAGCGGUACGUCAUCCUUCCUUAUAUUGGGAUCAUUUCGAGUGUGGAAUAUUGGCUGAUUUAUUGCUCUGUAGUGGAGUAGCUUAAUUCAAAUUGCUAUGGGACUAGUAUAUGACCUGGGAUUAAACAAAGCACCACCGAAGGAAACGCCAGGUUUCAUGUUGAACUUCGAUGCCGGUGGAUGCCCAAAGUCAGCUAUGCGCCCAACUGGAUCAUAUCAAGAAAAGAGGGCUUUGCUUUGCCUUUAUUCGCUAAGCUCUAGGUGCGUGCUGUCAUUACAGGAAUCUGGUACACACUUCUAAUAUUUAUUCAGCUUCUCGUUAUAUUUUCAAAGGAUCGAUACUCUUCGAUGGACACCCUAUGCAGAGGCAUCGGCGAAGAUUCUCUCCAAAGAUCUAGAGUUUUCUCAUGACACAUUAAUGGUUCAAAUUGUGCGCCUGCAGCUCAUUCAAGAGCGCGUGAAGGAUGCUCCAUGGCUCGACACGGCUGGUGAUGGAAACGCAGCCUUUAAAGCACCUGCUCUUUUCUACCUCAAAGCCUUGAAAAGUCAGAUGGAAACAUUCAAACAGCAAAUUCCAGAUGAAGUUCGUGGAAAUGGUACGCUAGAAACUGGGAUUGUUUCUGUGAAUAUAUCUAGUCCUGACUAACGGCCCAUAGAUACCUUUCUGCUAUAUCUAUACAAUACGGAACUUACCAUACAUGAAGUUGCUCUUUCCACAGAAGCUAUCAUCGACAUGCCAGACUCCCAACGUUUAGAGUCCCUUUGCAUUUGUUUUCAAUCUGUAAAAUCAUGGUUUGAUCUCUACUUUUCCCUCCCAUGCAAAGACCACAUAUCAUUUACUUUCCCCAUCUAUAUGCACAUUUCGCACUGCAUGGUAGCUCUCUACAGAUUAUCAGUCUUCGAGGAUCCACAGUGGGAUUUCCAUUUAGUUCGUCAACAAUUAGAUCUUUCACAGGUCCUAGGAAAAAUAGUAAAGACUUGGGGGAAUGUCAAAAACGAAGCGGGAUUAGACGUUGGAGCAACGGGGACGGAUGAUGUGGAUCUUUAUACUUCUAAUGCAAAGAAGCUUGCAUUACUUAAGAAAUGGUGGGACGCGAAGGUGGUAGCGGAAACUUCUAGUAACGCGUCGAGUGAGAAAUUUCCAAGUGUCAAUGGAAAUGGGAGUGACAACGCAAAUGGAGAUGGGAAUGUAAGCACAGAGCCCAUAUCUCAGGUUCAAGCUCAAGGACUUGAAUUCCCAACCUUUAGCAUGGAUAUGGGGUCGGAGAUUUGGGAUGACGGAUGGUGGCAGGAUGCUUUUGGUUCGUGCGUUUCGCAGGGUGAUCAUAUGAGUGUAGCGCCUCAAACGCACUUCUGAGGACGGCCCAGAGGCUAUGAUUUGAUUCUCUAUGGUGUUUAAAUCGGUCUUGGAAAAUUGGGAUUUAUGUUUAUAGAUUGCGUAUGGACUGGUUCUGGAAAAUGGGUUACUUAUCCUGUAUGGGUAUAUGAAUAGGUACAAAAAUUAGAGUAUAGAGUAUAGAAUUAUUGACAUAGAAUUAGUAUCUAGAAUGGGCUGAUAUUGGGCGGGGGUCC